AUGCCUCUCUUUAUAACUCCAAGAACAUUGGUGUGUGCCUUGCCGAAGCUUACCAACAUACCACGGAUAGUCAUACAAGCGCCUCGAUGGACGCGUAACUACGCCUCGACGGCAGAAAAAGACAGAACAGCAAUUGUAACCGGUAGUGCACGCGGGAUCGGUAAAGCCAUUGCUCUUCGACUCGCCAAUGACGGCUACCAUGUCUGCAUCAACGACAUUGAAGCCAACAAAUCCAGCGCCGACGAGGUAGUCAAAGAAAUCCAAGGUCUCGGCCGAAAAGCUUUCGCAUACACAGCCGAUGUAUCAAAACUGAGCGAAGUACAGGCAAUGGUGAGGGCGUCAGUAUCUGAACUGGGUCCGCUGAACACCAUGGUAGCGAAUGCGGGUAUCGCUCAGGUCAAACCAUUACUAGACGUCACAGAAGAGGACUUGAAGCGCAUGUUCGAAAUCAAUCUAUACGGCGUCUACCACUGCUACACCACCGCCGCAAAGCAAAUGAUCUCCCAAGGCACCGGUGGCAAACUCAUCGGUGCAGCCUCCGUCGCAGCCUUCAAGCCCACCGCCCUCCUCGGUCACUACGGUGCGUCGAAAUGGGCCGUCCGUGGUCUGACCCACAGCUUCGCUUUGGAACUGGCAGAGCACAAGAUCACAGCAAAUGCGUACGCACCGGGUAUCGUCGGAACCGCCAUGUGGGACCUGAUUGAUGAAAAAAUGGGUGAGAAGAUGGGGGCAAAGAAGGGUGAGACGUUUAAGAAAUACAAAGAUGUUAUAGCGCUGGGGAGGACGAGUGUGCCGGAGGAUGUUAGUGAUACGGUGAGCUUCCUGUGUAGUGGGGAUAGUGAUUACAUGACGGGACAGACUAUUGUUAUUGAUGGGGGUAUUUGUUUUACUUAG